AAUUUCCGUCGGAAGAAUAGUUGUUUUCGACGGAAUAUUCCGUUAGAAGGUUGUAGGUUCCGACGGAAUUCAGCCGUCGGAAUGUUGCGACGGACUUCACAUUUUAGUCAAACUUGACUCUGACAGAACAAAAUCCGUCGGAAAUUCUGUCGUAAUGGACCUUUCCGACGGAAUUUCCCUCGGAAUAUCGCGAAAUUCCUACUAACUGUAAUGCGACGACGCCUUCCGACGGAAUUCCGUCGGAAAUGGGAAUUUCCGACGGAAUUUCGGGGUUUUCUGACGGAUAUUUUCCGUCAUUGAUGGGCUGUUUUCUAGUAUUUAAUGUUAACAUGGAAAAUUAAAUGCUAAGGAUGUUCCAAAUCAAGGAUAUAAGAAAGAGUCUGUUUUCUGUAAACUUCCAUGCUGGAAAAAUUUAUACGUCAGACACUUUCUUGAUGUGAUGCAUAUUGAGAAGAACAUAUGUGAAAGUGUGGUUGGCACACUUCUGUAUAUUCCUGGCAAGAGUAAGGAUGGGAAAAAAGCAAGGAUGGACUUAGCUGACAUGAAUAUCAUAACAGAGUUGCAUCCUGUAACGGAGGAAGGUCGUACCUAUCUCCCUCCUGCAUGUUAUACUCUAAGCAGAUUGGAAAAAGGGUGUUUUGUGAGUCCCUAUAUGGAGUUAAGGUUCCUGAUGGGUAUGCCUCAAACAUAAAAAAAAUUCGUGAAGAUAAAAGACCUAAAACUAAUAGGUUUAAAAUCUCAUGAUAACCAAAUUAUAAUGGAGCAUCUAUUACCCGUUGAUAUUCAGUCCAUUUUGCCUGAACAUGUCCGAGAUUCUAUCACUAAUCUUUCCAUUUUCUUUAGUGAGAUAUGAAGCAAAGAAAUUGACCCUUUGAAGCUUCCAGACUUGCAAAAGCGUCUUGUUUUUACUUUAUGUCAGUUAGAGAUGUACUUUCCUCCAUCUUUUUUUGACAUAAUGGUCCGUUUAACAUUGCACUUAGUUAGAGAAGUCCAAUUAUGUGGACCUGCUUACAUGAGAUACAUGUAUCCUGUUGAGAGGUACAUGAAGAUUUUAAAAAGUUAUGUUAAGAAUGGGAGUCGACCAGAAGGUUGCAUCGUUGAGAGAUAUUUAAUGGAAGAAGUUGUUGACCUUUGUAGUCACUACCUGACUAAUGUUAAAGCUAUAGGGAUUCCUAAGCCUAGAAAAACAGUAGGCUUAGAAGGGAAGGGAAUCAUGGGAAAUGAAGUGCUGACUAUAUCUCCUUUGUUGUGGCAUCAAGCACAUUUGUAUGUAUUGCAUAAUAGUCCAUAGGUACGUGGAAGAACACUUAAUGAGUUAAAGAGCCUUUAUUCAAGAAAGAAUGAGAAAUGGAUAAAUGAUGAACACAAUUCCUCUUUUGUUGAAUGGUUAAAAAUACGGAUUGCUGAUGAACUGAUCCAUUCCCCAUCUACUGUUUCUGAUAGAUUAAAGUGGUUGUCUCGAGGUCCUCGUAGAGAUGUCAUAUCAUAUUCUGGUUAUCAGUUGAAUGGGAAUACAUUCUGCACUAAGGAUAGAGACAAUGAGACUACAAUGCAGAAUAGUGGGGUGACUAUUGUGGCACAAGCUAUGCAUAUCUCUAGUGCGAGAGACAAAAAUCCAAUUUAUGCAAAAAUGUCUUAUUAUGGGGUAAUAGAGCAUAUUUGGGAACUGCACUAUUGCUCUUUUAGACUUCCUAUUUUUGGUUGUAAAUGGGUCAAUAAUAAUAAUGGAGUUUAGGUGGAAAAAGGCAUGUUUUCACACUUAUGGAAAUAAAUAGAAUGGGUAGUAAAGAUGACCCAUUAGCGUAGCGGCGCAUACACAAUCAAUUCCAUCAGGGUUUGUACGUGUCGGCGUUGAUUAUGCUAUUGAGAAGGAAACACCUCUGCUGUGCCACUUGAAUGUGAAGCAAGUAUUAUUAGGGAAGCUAUAGGGACCAUUGUAUUUUGGCCUAUAGAACUUGUGGUUCUUGAUAAUAUGUAUAUGAUACAUCAGCAUAUAUAAAGGUUGUAAAGUCAUCGAAACAACGAGAGCAAAAAAGUACAUCAAUCUCCAAAUCACCAACCCCUCAUACGGCUAGAACAUUAUCUGCUACUGAAUUACAAAAUGUUUCCUUAGGACGUGAAAUAUUAGUAAAUGUAGAUACCCUUCCAGAGAAUCUCAUGAUGUUUUAAAAGUAUGUUUUGAAGAUGAACAAGAGCGAACAAAUAAGAAUUCCCAUUGACAUUGGAAUAGCAAGUCAAAACAAGGAACUAUUUCUUGGCAAGGAGGAACUUUUACAAUUCCUAGCCCAAGAACAAAUUGGAGUCAGUCAUAUUUUGGCAUUUAUGUCAAAACUGUGUCUUGGUUGCUUUGUGAUGGGAGCGUCUCCUAUAUUUGGGUUCUUAUGCCCAUCAGGUUACAUUGGAUAUUAUCCGUGAUUGAUCCUUACAAUAAUACUGUAUAUUACUUGGAUUCUUUAUGUGAAGAUGGCACAACAGGAACAAAAAGAGACAUAAUAUCUGAUUUACAGGAUAUUGUUAACACAGCAUUAUUUCAAUUUCAAAGUGAUAGAGAAAUUACCACAAAACUGAAGAUGAAUACGAAAUGGCUAAAGAUAAAAUGUCCACAACAACCGAAUUGCAUUAAUUGCGGACAUUAUGUUAUGCGAUUCAUGAAAGAAAUAAUCUCGCACACACGCACUCAAAUUCCAGAAAAUUACUUUUCAGAUUGUCAAUUUCCAAAAUACGACCAAGAACAGAUUGAUGAAGUAAGGAUUCACUGGGUGCGAUAUGUUUUACAGCAAAUUUAGAUUAGAGAUAUCAUCGUAUUAUAAUCGCGAUGUAAAUUUGGAGAUAUAAUAAGACAUUUAUCUCAAAAUUUUAGUUUACAAUGUUUAGGUUUGUGCAAUACAAUUUUUUGAGAGAUAAUUGCUACGUAUUUGUGAAAAAAAAAAAUGUAUCAUUGUUUUUUUAUGAAAUUGAAGGAAAGUAU